AUGGAAGGUGUGUCUGAGGCUCAAAUCCAAAGCGUUCUUACCAUGCUUACAGCAGUUCUAAGCCCCAAUAACGAAGUCAGAAAGCAGCAGGAAGUCUUGCUUAUGCAGCUUAGAAAUGAACAUCCAAAUGAACUCGUCCUUUGCCUUUUGCAUAUCCUUAGACACUCUCCUGACUCAUCAAUCCGCACUUUAUCCUCAGUCAUUCUCCGUCAGCUUUUCACUUCUCUCCACUCCUCCACCAAAGUUUGGGACAAAUUAAGCUCCCAAGUCCAAAAUAUCGUCAAAACCCAUCUUCUUGAGUCUCUUGAGCAAGAAACCUCAUGGCCAAUUCUCAAAAAAAUCGGCGAGGUUAUUGCAGAACUUGCAGUUUUACUAUUUGCUGAUGAAGAAACUAACAAAUGGACUGAGCUUCUGCCGUUCCUGACCCGGUCUUUUACAGGACAAGGAAAACAAGCAGCAGCAGCCUGCCACAUUUUAGCGGGUCUGUGCACAUUCUUUAAUGAUGAGCUAGUAAAAGAAAAAGACAGCCUUAAACAAGUGUUUAUAGCCCAUUUAGCCAGCAAUGAAUUAGAAUUAAGGCUUUCAGUCCUCAAUUUUCUCGGCAAUCUAUUAGGAAUUGCUGAAAAAGACGAUAUGAAAUUCUUCUGGGAUAUCAUCCCAAAUAUGCUUCUUUCAGCUUUCUGGAUCAUCGAAAACCACCAAAUCCACGCAGAAGAAGCCUUAAACCACCUCAGAGACCUUGCAGAAACUGAGCCAAAGUACUUCAAAAACCGCAUCCAAAUUGCGUAUGAAUUCGUCGACAGGGUUUGUAACUUGCAAACUGAGAACUUAGGAAUCAAACAUUUAGCCCUCGAGUUCAUUGUCGCUUUGGCUGGAAGAUUGAACCUUGAGUUCCAAGAGAAAAAAGACAUUGCAACUAACCUAUGUACAAAGAUUUUCCAGAUGAUGCUUAGUAUUGAUGAAGAUGUUGACCCUGCCUGGGCUUGUCCUCCUGAAGGGUUUGAAGAGCCUGAUGACGAAGAUGAAGAAGGAGUCGAAAUUGAUUAUGCAAAACUUGGAAGAAAACAAUUAACAAAAAUGCUAGAAGGUGUAGGAGAGUCAUUUUUGCUCCCUACAGUCCUAGGACUAAUUCAAUCUGCACUUACUACUCCUUCAGAAGACUGGAGAGUAAAAUAUGCAGCCCUUAUGACUAUUUCAGAACUAGGCCAAUUCAUUGAAGAAGCUGAAAAAAUCGCUGAAAUCGUCCCAGUUCUCCAAGCCCAUACAAGUCCAAAUCUGCAUCCUAAAAUCAGAUAUGCAGCCUACCAUUGUAUAGGUCAGCUAAGUGAAGAUUAUGAAGAAGAAUUCCAAUCUGCCCACCACCAAGCUGUAGUCCCUCUAUUAGUAGCUGGAAUUGCUGACUCAAUCCCAAGGGUUGCUGCAAGUGCUGCAGACGCUUUAGGCAAAUUCAUAGAAAACUGUGGCCCAACCCUCGUCUCUGAAUAUAUCGCUGGCAUUAUGCCAGUCAUUAUAGAAAAAUUCAGCCAGCAAAACUGCUCUAUUGUAAUUGAACAAAUUUUAACCGUAAUUUCUAACAUUGCAGACUCAGGAAAAGAGUGCUUUAACCCUUAUUAUCAGCCUCUGAUGGUCGUUUUAUUAAGAAUUAUCAAAGCUUAUACAUCAAAAGAGUACCAAAGAAUCAGAGGAAAAGCUAUAGAAAGCAUGACCAUGAUCUGCACAUCUGUCGGCAAAGAAAUGUUCAGCCCUUAUGUGACUGAAACAAUAAUGCUUCUCAAAGAAAUCCAGGACUCAGUAACUGACUCAGACCCACUUAAAGCUUACUUGUUAGGAGCUUGGCAAAGAAUUGUGGCAACUCUACAAGCUGAUUUCGCCCCAUAUCUUCAUGGAAUUCUGCCAGGACUUUUAAGUGCUGCAGGAGCGUCUGCAAUAGUCUCAGUUGAGUCAGAGCCUGACGCACUAGUAGAUUUAGCCUCAUUAGUUUCUGACGCAAAUAAAAAAGUGUCUAUAAGCACUUCAGAUUUAGAAGACAAAGACCUAGCUCUGCAUGCUUUAAUUACAAUUAUUGACGUUCUUAAAGAACUAUAUGCGCCUUAUGCAGAACAAACUAACACUAUUGUGCUGCCAUUAAUAAAUUACACACCUAACGAACACAUAAGGCAAGCAGCUGCCACGUUGUGUGGGUCUCUUAUUAAUUCAGUCAAAGCUUUAAACACUCCUGAGUCAGACCAAGCUGUUAUCAAUAUGGCCCGGCUUUAUUUAGGAGCCCUUUGGCAAGCGACUGCAGUUGAGCAUGACACAGAAACUAUUGUCGCUCAAUUAGCAGCUAUAAAAGUCAUUAUAGAAGGACCUAAAAAUAAGUUCAUGACACCUGAAGAAGUGACUGCUUCUGGUGAAAAAUUAAUUAAAAUGCUUGAAACAUCAUUAGACAGAAGAGCCAGAAACAAAGCUUUAGAUCUUGGAGAAGAAGACAGCGAAGAUGAGCUUAUUAAAGAAAUCAAUAAAAACGAAGAAGACUCUUUACACACACAAAUUUCUGAAGUUUUAGGAUCUUUGUUUAAAACUCAUAGAGAAUUUUCAUUGGAAAUUGUGAAUUUCUUAUAUUCACAUGUAUUGAGCAAGUUCUUAGCACCUGACACGACUGAUGAAGACCAUAAAUUCGCGAUAUUUGUGAUUGAUGAUGUGGUGGAAUUUGUUGGACAAGAUUUAGCUGGUGAUAAAUGGAGCUCUUUGGCAGAAGCCUUGGUUAGGUUUACUGCUGAUUCAAAUGAUGCAGUUAGACAAGCAGCUUCAUAUGGAAUUGGAAUUUUAGCUAUUUUUAGUAAUGCUGCUGCCUUUGCACCGUGGACUGAUCAGAUAUUGGUUGCUUUAGAUAAAUCAAUUAACUUCCCUAUGGGAACAAAUAAAAAGUCACAUGGGCAUGCUAAGGAUAAUGCAGUGGCUGCAUUAGGAAAAAUUAUUAAAUAUCAGUCAGGAAGCAUUAACUCAGCUACAAUAGUCCCAGCUUGGGUUAAUUUAUUGCCACUUAGACGUGAUAAAGAAGAAGCUAAACUCAUGCAUGACUUAUUAGCUGAUAUUACUAUUAGCAAUAUGGCUUUAACUAUUGGCGAAAAUAAUGAAAGACUUGAACAUGUUGUAAAAAUCUUUGCAGAAAUCCUCGAAACUAAGCUAAUUAAUACUGAAACUGUACCAAAAGUUAAACAAAUCAUACAAAUGAUCCAAGCUGCCGGUAUCCCUACACUUCCACAAAUCUGGGCCACUUUAACAGAUAUACAAAGAUCAAAACUAACCAAAAUAAUGGCCUAA